GACCAGGUAUAACCAGGUAAACAGAACAGGUAUACAGAGUCACACACUUGUACACACGGUUUAUAUUUAUAGACCCCAAAUUAUUGUAGUUUGGACCAGCCUUGGGAAGCCAUAUUGAAUUUAGAAGAUUUAACAUCGACAUCGAAACAGGAGAUAAAGAAAAGAUUUUGGACCGGAUGUGAUGUUUAACAAUACCGGUGUGUACAGAUUGUCAUCCGCGCCGAACAUGGAGGCUACGGAGCUCGAGGUUGUUCCCGAGUUUUACAAGGAGGAGGAAAAUAAUCCCUUCUAUGGCAUGAACAAGAAGGAGUUGCUGGAGGUUUCCUCCCAACCCUGCUGGAGACGAUUGCGAGCUGCUUUCAUUGGUCUCGUCAUUCUGGCAUGGCUUGCACUCCUGGUAGCCGUGGUGGCACUUGUGCUUAUGUACCCAAAAUGCAAAGCGGCGGAAGAAAGAAGUUGGUGGCAGAAUGACGUGGUGUACCGCAUCUACGUCAGAAGUUUUCAAGAUUCAGACGGAGACGGGAUUGGUGAUCUUACAGGCGUGGAGCAGCAGCUGGACUACAUCCAGGCCUUAGGGGCCAACACCAUCUCCCUCAGUCCGGUAUUUGAAACCGAUGGUACAGAUGACUUUGGUGUCACAGACAGUCUCCGUGUCCAUCCUGAUCUUGGGUCAAUGUUAAACCUCACAGCCCUCAUUACCAAGGUCAAGGACAAAGGGAUGCGAAUCCUUUUGGACUUCAUACCGAACCAAACAAGUAAAAACCACUCAUGGUUCACAGCCAGUGCUGCUUCCAGUGCCCAUACAAACGACUAUCGUAACUACUACGUCUGGUCCGACUACACAAACAACUGGCGGACUGUGAGCGGAGAUGUGGCGUGGACGUUCCAUUUUGCUAGGAACGAAACUUACCUGCACCAGUUCUCAACCUCCCAGCCUGACCUCAACCUUCGGAGUGGGCGUGUCCAGGACGAGCUCAAGACUGUUCUAGAGUUCUGGCUGAGGAAGGGCGUGGACGGGUUUUACGUUCGGAACAGCGCCUACUUAUUUGAGGAUUACGAUCUGCGGAACGAAGGGUCUAACGGAGGAGGAAGCACGAAUGAUUACGAGAAUCUUGUCCACAACUACACUUUAGCACUACCAGGAGUGUUCGACAUGCUAUCAAGGUGGCGGGCUGUGGUUAGCUCUAACGAUAGUAUAUUGAUAGCGGAUAUGCCAUCCAGUGACGUCACAACAACCAUGGCGUACUAUGGUCACUCGGGACAGGAUGGUGUUCACCUCUCUCUCAACCGAUACUUCUUUGACAAAGCAGGAAGCUGCAACGGAGCAUGCGUCAAGACCUACGUUGAUUCGUGGAUGUCCAACUUAUCUGAAGGGCGAUGGGCUAGUUGGAUGGCUGGUGAUGAAAAUGUCGACAGAUUCGCGUCUCGAUUCAACAGCAGUUACAUCCGUGCAUACUACAUGUUGACCAUGCUUCUUCCGGGUACCCCCAUCCUCUAUUAUGGAGACGAAAUCUUACUCAAAAACAACCCUGGCAUUGCUAAUUCCGGUAACAACAGGACCAUGCGCGGUCUCAUGCAGUGGAGAAACGCGACUGAUGGUGGCUUUUGUUCCGCGUCGACAUGUUCGACUCCAUGGAUAUCACCCAACGCAGAUGCAUCCACCAAUAAUGUUCAGAGCCAGGACGCCAACGCCGAUUCUAUGCUUCAGUACAUUCGUAGCCUGACCAAACUGCGGCAGCAGACUUCCUUCAGAGUCGGAACUUAUCAUCCAGCGCUUGUAGACGACAAUAUCUUCUCAUACGUCAGAGAGUUCAAUGGGGAGAUGGGGUAUUUGGUUGCCAUCAAUUUCGGCACUACUAGCCAGACGCGCAGUUACUAUGGAUACGCCAGUGUUGAGAAGGACGCCGAGGUAGCUAUGACAUCAGGACCGGAUGUGGGUCUGGAAGUAGAAUCCGAAGUGACAACGGAUUCAAUCACGCUUGGCCCGAAGCAAGGAGUCGUGUUGUCAUGGGACUUUGUAGCGAAGGAGGAGUUGUAACAUGUGUGACGUAACAAAACGCAGGGAAACCAUUGACUGAACAGAGUCAUUCUGUAAUGAAGUCAUGAUAUUUAGUAAACGAAAAACACAUUUACCUUAAAAUGAAUUUAAGUAUUUAGCUGAACAGUAGAAUUGCUUAAUUUUUAUCCUUACGCAUAUAACUAAAAAAGUGAAAACAAAUUCAAAAUAAACGACAUGAUUUCUUA